AUGGCGUCCAGAAGCGCUACAAAAGAGGGAAAAGUGUCACAGAGAAGGCUGGUGUUGGUGGGAAUCACUGGAGCAGGGAAAAGCUCCUCCGGAAACACCAUCCUGGGCAGGAGUGCCUUCACAGCUUUAAAAAGUGGUUCAUCUGUAACCAAAGAGUGUGGCAAAGUGACUGAAAAUGUGGCAGGGAGAGAAAUCACUCUGGUAGAUACACCAGGCAUGUUUGACACAGAUAUUUCAGAGGAAAAGCUUCUGAAACAGGAGAUCAGUAAGUGUAUAAAUAUGACGGCACCUGGACCUCACGCCAUCCUCCUGGUCAUUCAGUUUGGCUCAUUUACUGAAGAGGAGAAACUCUCCGUGGAGAAGGUCAGAGCCAUAUUUGAAGAAUCAGAUAAACACACAAUCGUCCUCUUCACUCACGGUGAUAAACUGAAACGCUCUAUUGAGGAACACAUCAGUAAAGCCAGUGAGGACCUGAAAGAAAUCCUGAGACGCUGUGGGGGAAGAUAUCACGUCUUCAACAAUAAACACAUGGAGGAUCGUAAUCAGGUUGUGGAGCUGCUGGAGAAGGUAGACUCCAUGGUCGCAGCUAAUGGAGGUGAAUAUUACACCAGUGAAACAUACCGCGACAUGGAGCUCAUGCUGAGAACUAAAGAAGACGAACUGAGACGAGAAUAUGAGAACAAAUUACUAGAGAAAAAAAGAGAGCUGGAGGCCACGUUUGCUGCAGAGAAGCAGAAGCUGGAGGAAAGACUGAUCGAGUACAAGCGUUAUUACGAUGCACAGCUUCGAGAGUUCAGACUGAAGGCAGAACAGACUUAUACUAAUGAGAAUAAACUAAUUAAGAUCAUUUACAAGUUGAAAAAACUCACAGUCUAA